AGCCAUCACCAGUUUCCUUUCCGCCUCGAAUUUGCUGCGCAAGUCCUGCACGACCCGUUUGUCGCUGCGCGCGACCGAUUUCCGAAUUGAUUUGCAAUGCCGUCCCCUGCACCAGAGCUAAAGCCUAGAUCAGAGGCUAGCUCGAUGCCCUUCUACCUGGCCUCUGAGAAGGCCCUUCAGGACUUUCUGGAGUCCUGCUCUGUGAAGACCAGCCGCUUUGGUCAGGGCAAUGCCAAGCCACUGUCCUGGCUCUACCAGGAGCUUCAGGAAGGAACAUGCUACCUGGAGAACUCCGAGGAAACGGCGCCCGCCAGCCCCGGCACGUCGCGGCGGUCGAGGCUGCUGAGAGUGGUGGAGCCGAUUUUCAUCCGCCUGCGCUUUCGUGGCAAGGUGCUGGUGCAGGAGAAGCAGAAGUUCCCGGAUGGCCGGGUCAGGAUGCGAAACAUGCUCCUGGCGGAAAAGAAGGAGCCUCGGGAUUCCGGAGGCAUCGUGAGCACCGUCCACCGGGCGAUUCAUGAGGAGCUGGGCGUAUCCAUGGAGGACCUUCGCCGAGACGAUGUGAUGAAGUACCGCACGGACACCUACCACUUUGAGAUCGAGCACAUCGAUUCUCCCUCCUACCCAGGCCUUGCCUCAGCCUAUCGCACGCACCACGUGCAAGUGGACAUCCUCGAGACAGGCCUGGAUGUCUUCAUGCACUGCGGCCUCCCGGAGUUCUCCGAAUUUGUGACCACCGAGAAGACGGCGCACGGAGGCAUUACCCUCUACUGGCGCUGGGACGAUGUGGCCACGGCCCUGAAGAGGGGCGUGGUGAAGUUCCCGCCCAAGUCGCUGGCGCCAAAGCACAGCGGCCCGCGCCCAUCGCUGAACUCCGCUCAGUCCAACAGCUCCAUCGAAGGGGGCAAGUCGGCGCUGACCCCCGCCUUGCUGCCGGAUGCCAACGCCUUGGCCAAGUACCUGAAACUCGCUGGAAUUGACCCUGAUUUGUAUGGAAAGGGCAAGGCCAAGAGCAUCGAGUCCUUGCGGAAGGAAGUGCUAGGCGGCGAGACCGUCCUUGAAUGGAAUGAGGCCACAUCAGAAGUUCGAAGAAUUGUGGAGCCCGUCUUUGUGCAGUUCAGGUGGAACGACAAGGUGCUAGUGGAGCACGAACAAGUCCUCGCGGACGGGCGCACACGGUCGAGGAACAUGCUGCUGGCGGAGAAGAAGAAGCCGGAGGAUGGCGACGUGGAGCAAACCGUCUACCGAGGUCUCAUGGAGGAGCUGCUCGAGAAGUACAAAGAGCAGAUCCCGGAGGUGGCCUUCCAUGUCCGCUUCAUGAAUGAGGCGUACUGCUGCCUCGCUGAGAAUUUGGAGUCCAACUCAUAUCCAGGCAUUCCCUGCGUCUACAUCACCCACUACUGCAGCGUUCAGCUUUUGGAUAGCUCCGUGCCAGUGUUCCAGGAGUUGGGGUUCCUAGAGACGGAGUUCUCCACCCACGAGGAGGAUGGCAAGAUCAACCAUUGGCGCUGGGUGGAGCUCGAAGAAGCCCGGAACUCCAAGGUCAAGGGCUUCCCGCAGCUGGAGGAGAACAAAGAUCAGGAGACAGAUGCGGGGGUCUGGCAGCAGGUGGAAGUCCCGGACAACCCCGGCGAUCUCCGUGUGCUGCUGGAGUUCGGUGGAGUAAACGUGAGCACAUGGGGUAUGUUCACCAAGACCUCCCUGGAGUCCUUACUCAGCGAGCUCAAGAAUGGCGCCUCCACGCUGGAGCGCGAGGAGGUCUCCGGCAAGGUCCGGCGGGUGAUCUGCUCCUCGCUGGUGCAGCUGAAGGUUGAUGGUUUCCAGGAAAACGAGCAAGUCCUGAACCGCCCGGAUGGCAGUCGAGCCGUGUCGCAGCAAGGCUUCGGCUUCGGUUUGGGGGACGCGAGGAGCAUGGUGAACUUCCGCGCCGACCGCGGCGUGUGGGAGCUGACACACAGCGACAGCUCCUCGUAUCCUGGGCUUCCUUGCUGCUACCAAACCAAGCUGGUUCAGUUCGAAGCCCAGCAGUCCGAGCAAAUGCGCAAGAUGCCCUCAGACGUCAGCAUGGGCGGCAAGGCCCGGCGCAACUCACAUGGCAGGGAAAACGGCCGCAACUCCGGCCUCGCCUUCUCGCAGCUCUCGGUGCCCUCCUGUGGCCCUAUGAGUCCGAAGAGCGCAGAGAGCUCCUUGCCGGGGAGUCUCAACGACAGCCCUGCGAGGAGCCGACAGAACAUGGCCUCGGAUCCACUGCAGGGAGAUGAGAUCUCGGGCAUCUACAAGCAGGUGGCAAGUAUGCACAAGGACCUGCGCUUCCGGAUGGUGGCCAAGGAGGCCUCAGAGAAGAAGCCUCCGCCCGCCACCAACGCAGUGGCCUGCUCCUGCGAGAUCUUGCUGAUCCGGAACAUCAACCCCAUGACGGCCACCUACCAAUGCCGUUUCUUCAUCUUCCUGGAGUGGUUUGACCCUGCUGCUAUCGGCUUGCCCCCCGGCGAUGUCUCGGAGGAGAACCGGAAGAAGCUGUCGGUGCCGGAGAUCGCGCUGCAGAACACGCUGAAGACCGGGGUGGAGAUCCACUACCCCCCGGAGAUCAUCUUCAGCGAGAAGGGCCAUGUCGCCAUCAAGGUCCUCUACCAGGCCAUCAUGCAGAUGGAGAUCGACAUGCGCCUCUUUCCCUUCGAUACGCAGCGGCUCAACAUCGUGCUUGGCCUGCGCGCCCGGCGCGACCGGGAUCGUGCAGUCUUUUGCAGGUUCUGCCACGUGGACAGCCAGAUCACCCUGGACGAGUGGAAGUUGCUGGGCGCUCACAGCCACGCGGAUCGCCCCGACGGCCGCGCCCGCGUGCAGUUCGGUGUGGUCAUCGGCCGUGGGUACAUGUACUACGUGCUCAACGUGCUCUUGACUCUGUGCGCCAUUGCCUCAUCAUCCUUUGCGGGCUACUUGCUGCAGUUGAAGCCUCCAUUCGACCGGCUGCGCUUCUGCAUCUCCAUCCUCUUCGCGCAGACCACCUUCCGUCUGUCCAUCGACAGCAAACUGCCCAUCGUGGCUUAUGCCACGGCCUUCGAUCACUUCGCCAUGUGCUGCCAGCUGCUGCUCUUGUCCAUCAUCCUCGGCGAUGUGAUUGUGGUCAUGCUGGCAGAUAGGUGGUUCGGCUUCGGAGGGGAGGAAACUGCGCAGAUCGUGGACCUUGUGUUCAUCAGCACUUUGCUCCCCUUGUGGAUCCUGGCGUUGGUGGGCUUCAGCGUCUACGUGGCCAGGAAGCGCAAGAAGAUGCUGCAGGGAUUGAACGUGCAGACGGAGGAUGGCAAGGGCAAGGAGGAGAACGAGCUGCCCGACUUCUCGCCGGAAGCCAUUGAGCAGAUUGGCAAGUUGCGGGGACGUCUCCGGUACACCUCAGCGCGGCGGCUGUCGCCCACCAUCAACAACAUCUCCACAGACGCCGUGGCAGUGUCCACCGUCCUUUGGUUCAUCCACGACAUUGACCCGAUUCAGGCACAGUACGAGUGCAAGUUCAGCCUUUACAUUGAGUGGAUCUGCGAAGAUGCUGUCGGGUUGCCCGAGGGCAUCGAGCUGUGUAAGUCCGAGCUGGUCCGCCUGAGGGCUCCUGAGGUGGACGUGCACAACAAGGUCGAGCUGGCGCUGGAGCAGGGGCCUUCCGCCUGCGUCACGGACUCCUCCACGGGCCGGAUCAUGCUCACCAUGCGCUACCACGCCAAGCUCCAGCUGCGGCUGAAACUUCGGAACUUUCCUUUCGACGAGCAGAGCCUUCCAAUUGACAUCACCAUGCCGUCCGAGAAGGACGUGGCUCGUGCCUUCGUCUUCCGGCAGUGCGAGCUGAUGCCCUUGUGCCACCAGCUCGACGAGUGGACGGUGCAGGGCACGGCUCACUCCUGCAGCUUCCACGAGGGCAUGAGCCAGGCCUCCAUGAGUGUCAAGGUCAGACGCAACUCCAAGUACUACGUGGUCUCCGUGCUCAUGGUGAUGCUGGGCAUUUCCAGCCUCGUGUUCACAGUCUUUUCCAUCGAGGUGAACUCCGUGGGAAAGGGCUUCGACGACCAAGGCAAGAUCCUGAUUCCCCUGCUCAUGACCUUGCUCGCCUUCAAGCUCCUAACGGCCUCAGGCAAGAUCCCGAAGGUCGCGAAGGCCACCAUCUUCGACCGCUACGUGCUCGCCUCGGAGGCGUGCUUCUUCGUCACGGUCUUCUCCUGCUCCACGAUGCGCGCCAUCAUCGCCAGCCCCGGCGGGGACGAGUUCUCGGGCUUGCUGCGGCUGGGCUUCUGCCUGGUGCUGCUGCUCGCCUGGGUGGUCUUCAACCUCAUCAUGGUGGCAGAGGUGCGCCGCAAGAAAGUGGAUGAGGACGACAUUGGGCCUCGGAGCUCAGUGCAUGUGCCAGGAUUCGACGAAUUGGCGCAGAAGAUUUUGGCAACGCCGUUGCUGCCCGAGACGACGCAGAAAGCAAGUGCGAUCCUCAUGGAGGUUUGCAUCAAGCACGCCUUCGCGAUCAACCCGGCAGCUGCCAACUUCACCUGCGAGUUUGAGGUGACCCUUGCGUGGCUGGACCCCAGAGCCAAGACCUUGGAGACUGGCGAAAAGCUGGACGAGAAGAGGUGCGCGGAGCUGGGGCUUCCCAAGUUGGCGGUCCAGAAUGCCCAGGGCUGCAACAUCAAGUAUCUCUCUGGGCUGGUGGUGGACUCCAGCACUGGUCAUGUGGCCUGCAAGCUGAAGAUCAAGGCUCAGGUGCUGAUGAUGUUCGACUUGAGGUACUUCCCCUGGGAUGAGCAGUCCCUCUUCAUGGUGCUCAUGCUGGCCUCCCGCGAGGACGCGCACCGACAUUUCGUGCUCACUGGCUGCACCUCCCGCGACGCCGUGAAGGCCGGCGAGUGGGAGGAGUUGGCGAGCUUCGGGCGGUCCUAUGCGCUGGCAGGUUCCUCCAAGGCGGUUUUCGGCCUGCAGAUCAAGCGGCAUUCGCGCUACUACGUCACCAGCCUCUGUUCGCUGAUGCUUUGGUCCACCUUCAUCCUGCUCGUCUACGCCUUGGCUGUGAAUGACUUCCGUGAGCGCGGAAAGAUCAUGGUUGGCGUGUUGCUGGUGCAGAACGUGGCCAAGGUGGCUGUCUCCAGUAAGAUGCCUCGCGUAGUGCGGAUCACGGCCUAUGACAACGUGGCGCUCAACAGCCUGGCACUGCUCUUCAGCAUCGGCAUCUUCUGCUCCUUCUUCGACGCUUUGGGCCAAUUGGAGCUGCCGGGCCUCACUUACGAGGUGCUCAGCAUCAUUGACCACUGCUGGGGCUGCUUCGUCUUUCUGGUCUGGAUCUUCGCCAACAUUUGGGUCAUGGUCGACGUGCGGCGAAACUCGUCGGAGGCGCAGGCAGUGAAGCAGGGCAAGCUGCCGCGGAGCGUGCAAGGACUCGUCCCACCAGACUCCCAGCAGCCCUCAGAAGUCGAAGACGAGCUGAAGAUCCUUGGAAGGACCAUGGAGGGGCUGCUCACCCGGCUCGAGCCGCCGGUGCGCAAAACCCGGAGCAGGUCCUCAGACGCUCUCUGUGAUGUGCCGGUGCACCUUGGGGUGAAGUUUUGGCUGGUCUCGGACAUCGACGUGGCCUCUGCCACCUUCUUGGCCAAGUUCCACGUGAUCUUGGAGUGGAGCGACGAGGCUGCGGUGGGGCUGCCGCGGAACACCCGCAUCUCCUACACGGAGCUUCUGAAGGAGAGCAAUCCUGGCGCCAUUGCCGUACCCAAAAUCGGCCUGAAGAAUGCCAUCACCGUGUCCUUGGAGGAGUACUCCGAUGUCAUCGUCUUGGAUUCUGAAAUGGGCCGAGUCACCGUGCGGGUGCACUUCAAUGCCAGUGUCUUCACCGACUUCUGUCUCGACAGCUUCCCCUUUGACUGUCAGCGGCUGGCGGUGGAAGUGCAGCUGGUGAACUGCGAAGGCUUCGUGCUGGUGCCCAGCUUCUGCGACCCAGGGGACCAGACCAAGAAGAUGGACGGCUGGAACCUGCGGGGCUCCUGCCUCGCCCAGAGCGGCGUCGAGGACAUCCGCGCCAAGCACCUGAUCACCGUGCUCCUCCUCGUGGAGCGGCAGUGGGGUUUCUACGUGAAGCAGGUCCUGAGUAUUUACUGGUUCCUGACCACGCUGAUGUUCUCCUUCUUCGUGCUGUCGUCCGGCGACUUUACGAAGAGGCUGGUGGACAUCCUGAAGAUCGUGCUGACGCAGACGACCUUCCGCUUCUCCGUGGAGCACCGUUUGCCCAAGGUGCAACACUGGACGCCGUUUGAUGCCUACCUCAUUUCGUGUCAGAUUCUUUGCUGCCUCAUCGUGGCUGCGUUCCUGAUUUGCUUCUUCCUGUCCAAAAACGAAGAGCAAGCCUGCUUGACGCAGGAGAUCGAGCGUGCCUUCUUGGUCGGCUUGGCCUCUGUUUGGGUCUUGUGGAAUGUGGGCUACACCAUCUACGCCAUGCACAGAAAACGGCGCGAGCUGUAUCUGGCCCGUCUCUUCAUGAACGGCGCGCUGAUGCUGCCCUCCCGCUUCUCCUCGGGGCUCAUGAGCCGCUACAGCACGCCGCAAACCAUGGCGCCGCAGACGAGCCUAGUGAGGCACAAGCAGACGGGGGCCACCGUGGGAGAGGACGAGGAAAUGGAAGACCCCUUGUCCCCGCAGUUCUCCCGCCGAGAAACUGGGGGCACAGCGCUCGAAGCCUUCACGGACGACGUGAACCACGAGACGCAGGUCAUCUCCAUCGCCUUCCGCAUCUGGCUCAUCCGCAACGUGGAUCUGGUCAAGGCCACCUUCGAGUGCAAGUUCCGGGUCUUUCUGGAAUGGCUCGAUGAAGCCGCCGUGGGCCUUGAGAAGGGCAAGAAGGCCAAAGAGCUGAAAGUGCCUUCGAUCGCAAUCACGAAUGCGGUGCAGGCCGAAGUGCUCGACAGGAGCUCGGCUCCCGAAGUGGUGAACCCGGCCACCGGACACAUCGCUGUUCAGAUGCUUUUCCGAGCGACGCUGCGAAUGGAUCAGCAGGUCAGGCACUUCCCAUUCGACUGCCAGUGGCUGGCGAUCACCGUGUCUCUGAAAGAAGAAGGUUGCGCUCGAAACCGCUCCUUCCUCUUCCAGUACUGCGAGGUGGACGAAGGACUUUCGCUGGAUGAGUGGUUCGUUUGCCCGGACCCCGCCUUCAGCACCCUGACCAAGCAGUCCGCUCCGAGUAUCCAGGACACAGUGAUGUGCGGGUUGCUGAUCCGCAGAGCCUCGCGCUACUAUGUUGUCAAUAUCAUGCUGAUGCUCGGCCUGAUCUCGUCCAUUGCUUUUGCCAUCUACACGGUGCAUGUGAGCCUUUUCUGGGAGCGAGCGGAGGUCUUCCUCGGCAUCUUCCCGCUGAUUGUCAUCUUCAAGAUGUCGGCCCAAGCAAAGCUGCCGAGAGUGGGCUACUCAACGAAGUUCGACGCAUUUGCCACGGCCUGUCAGAUGCUCUUCCUGGUGAUCGUCAUGGGAUGUAUGGCGGCCUCCUUCAUCUCCAACCUGCCGCACUGGUUGAAGCCCUGCGACUCCUUCAGCGUGCAGGCCUUUGAGGGCGAAACCAUGCUGGCAGACAUCGAGCACUACUGCUGCUGCGCGCUGAUUGGACUGUGGCUGGCCUGGGUCCUGCGGUUCAGCUGGCAAGCCAGGCAGGCGCAAAGGCUCACGCCAGUGCAGAGCAUGCAGAGCCGCGUGCCUGUGAAGCUGCAGGGCCAGAGCCGCGGUGAUGGCUCCGGCAGCGCCAGCAUGGAGGGCCUGGCCCCGAGCCUUUCUGUGGUCGCGGAGGAGGAGAGGAAGCGCAGCAGAGCGCGGCCGAGCCUCUUGGCGACCUUGGGCUUGGUUUCCGAGAAGUGAGGACGGACUGUGCAGAUGCAGAGCCUUCGAAGAAGUUUGCAUUUGUCUAGGCGCGCUCCAGAGAGACACCUUGAGAUCUUUGAAGAC